UUCCACUGUCCAGCGAGAUCUGAGAGUUUGGGUUAAAGUCCUUCCAAUUGUAAGCGCUGACCCCAGCCCACCCAGCCUUUUCGCCGCCACAAUCCCCGUCAUCCUCCUUCAGCCUCACGACAUCACCGAAAGUGGCUCCCCCUCCUCUGCGUCCAAGAGCCGCUGGCCACUCUCACCAUCGCCAGAGUCUAUUUCGAUACCUGUUUCCUCAUACUCGACAGCGCGCACGCGAAAGGCUCAGGAGCUUCCGUUACGAUACGCUGCCUAAGUACAAGCUUCAAGCACAAUCCCGGAUUUACAACUACAUUGUGUACCGUCAUAACAGGCACCAGGAAAGGAAGGCUUCAGGGAAGCGUAUUGUUGAUAUUGUUCGCAGACGAGGUCGCAGGAUAUUUGGUGCGCAGAUCAAAGACAAUGAGAGUAUCAUUUCAAGAGAGGUGACCAUGUCUGGUUCUUUGACCAGCUUUGGAGGUGAAGGCCGGGAACGAGGGGCACGGCGAAAGAAGCUUGCGGGGUAUCUACAAGCUGCGAAAGAGAUCGGACAGUCGUAUCAGCAGUCAUACCAGGAGAAAUGGGGUUCGAGCAACAGGGAUUUUGACGACGAUUCCGUCACCAUACCCGGCGCCUUCCCGGAUGCUGCUAUUGCGUCCCACGGCGACGAGCAACUUAUUCUCUUCCCUUCAUAUGCGAAAAGGCACACCAAGGAAGCUCCGAAUCCGGAGGCUCAAAUGGUUGGGAGUGAGAACGAAGAUGUACCUCAGGACGCCGAGUAUUGGGCAAGAGAAUGGCAGAAGUUCGACGAUGAUCGGGCGAUCGUGGAUGUGGACGUUCGAGGCUGGAUCUACUCCCCACACAGAGGUCCAAUGACCAGGAAGAACAGACUUCUAAUAGGGCUUGCUCGACAACUGAGUGGGAUACCUGCACCCAAGCCCCCAAGUAGAGCCCAAAGCCCAGACUCAGCUACAUCGUUAAGAGUACGGCAUAAAGAACAUGAGGCUCGCCGAGAGGAGGAGAGUAUUGCACAAGAGGCGGAGCAAAUUUUAAGGAAGGGUCAGGGAGAACAACAAGUUGCCGCUGAGGGCGGCUAUAGCGAGAGACCACAGUACGACUCAGACAUGGAGAGUAUCUAUGGAGACAGGGGAAGAUCUGGAUCACAUACUCCGUCUCGAAUUGAUGAUCCGCCGGGCCCCGGACGUCUGCACAAACGAGCUUCAUGGAACCAGCCAUCGGAUAUGUCACCGCAGGAGCUGUUCGCUGCGAAUGCACAUUUGAUGGCUCGUUUGAGACCUUUCCUAACAAAUCCAUUGGUCUCCUCACCGAUCACGGUGUUCUUUUAUGACAAGCAGACUUCUGUUUCUCGAACUGUUAUGACAAACGAAGCUGGGCAUUUCGUUAUGCGGGCAGCUCUUGAAUUUGUGCCUACUCACGUCAGAGUUUUGGCCUCCGAGUCACUAUCAGCAACUGAAGAGGUCAAGAUUACCGAGCUCAAGGGGGUAAGUCUCAUCAGUGAUGUUGAUGAUACCAUAAAACACUCUUCCAUUGGAAGCGGAGCGCGUGAGAUUUUCAGAAACACCUUUAUUCGAGAGCUUGGGGAUCUUACUAUCGAUGGUGUGAAAGAAUGGUACAAUACGAUGUACGACAUGGGUUGCAGAGUACACUACGUGUCAAACUCGCCGUGGCAACUCUUCCCAGUCUUGGCAAGUUAUUUUUCAUUAGCUGGCCUGCCUCCGGGGUCAUAUCACCUGAAGCAGUAUAGCGGAAUGCUUCAAGGAAUCUUCGAACCCGUCGCAGAGAGAAAGAAAGGGACACUUGAGAAGAUCAUGAGAGACUUUCCAGAACGAAAGUUUAUACUUAUUGGGGACAGUGGAGAAGCAGAUCUUGAAGUAUACACCGAUGUGGUGCUGGCCAAUCCAGGCAAAGUGCUCGCUAUUUUUAUCCGCGACGUCACGACACCGGACACUGCGGGUUACUUCGACUCGGCAAUGGGUCCUCUCAGUGGCGACCGCCGAAGAGAAAGGGGGCCCCCUUCGAGAGCUCAAUCCGGUAGCAGUCGGACCACCCAGUUGUCAGAAUCAUCUGAUAGACCGGAGCACCGCCCAGUUCUUCCGCCAAGGGCAGCUUCAGAAGCCAAGUUGCAAACAAGUGACGGCCCAGCGAUGGGGACAUUAAUCGACUUUGACGAUGAACCUGAACAAUUAAAUGUUCAUGAAUCUCAUCGUCGUGUCUUGCCCCGCUCUUCAUCGACUUUCGAAGCACUGGAUUCGCCAAGGAGGAGGUCAGCACCAGACGGCAUUAGCUCGAAAGUGCCGCCCCCUCGCCCCACCAAGCCUUUAGCCCUUCGAGGAAACACAAAUCCCGUCUCUGCACCUGCUCCACCAACGAGCAGGGGCAGUCCUCCACCACCUCCUCAGCCGCGUCGUUCAAGGCCCUCGGAGAAUGGCCCGUCACACCCUCUGUCACAAACGCAAAGCUCUACAGACCUCCAGGAUCCCAAUCAAGGUUAUGUCUCCAGCACGCGUCAAAAGGUCUCAGCAGCCUAUAAUUCUCUGCCAGAGGUGAGAUCAUACAUGCCCGGACGCAUAGGUUUAUCCCAAGGAGCAAAAUCGGAAGGCCCGCCCUCGCCCAAUAACCCUUUAUCUGAACCACCUCCACCUCCCCUACCCCGCAGAACAACAGGCUCAACAGUUAACUCAAUCACAAAACGCAUGUCCUGGAACAGCACCGACACUUCCGAUGACGAAUCCUACAGACCCAACUCCAACAGUAACGUCCCCAUCAACAAGAAACUAGACAUGUGGAAGCGGAGAUGGCAACGCGCAAAGGGUAUACUCGACGCGCAAGGUGUCGCAUUAAGGGGUUGGAGGGUUGGAAGCGAUGUUUGUAUCGAGGCGGUGCAAUUAAUUGAGAAGACGUUGACUGAGAUGAACGUUGAAGGCUAUGGACAUGGGAAAGGGAAGACCGGUGUUGGUGGUGGAGAGGUCAAGGUUAAGGAUUUGAAGAGGUAAUGGGAAGCACAAGACUUUCGGUUACGCUAGCGGUGGCCAAUGUGGGAUAAAGUGAUGUUAACACGAACAUAUCUAGAUUAGCGAUCCUUUGAAUAAAUGGACAAGGCUCCACUUUCGAACCCAUUUUGAUUCCUACAAAUCCGCUCCUCUCUCUCCUGCUGCUUG